AUGCAAAAGCCUGCAUCCACUACCCCGCCAGAGGCAGACGAGGAGCGCGAUGCUUCGCUGCGCUCGGCUACCAGCGCUUGGUGGCUGACUGGAGACCGGCCUGACCUGCUUGGAAGCAUCGAAGACACCUCUCUAGACCUCUCACAUGACUCGGAGGGUCAACAGGAACAGCCCACUCCGCAAUCCAGCUGGUCCCGAGCGUCAAGCUUGACUCCGUCUCCAAGUGGAGGUGCUCUUGCCAACAGCACCAGACCCCUAAAGACACUCAACAAUCCUUCCAACGCUGUAUGGUCCCCCGAGCGCAGCGCAUUCGAGGUAUCUGGGCACGCCACUGGGCCCCUCACACCACAGGACUCAUACGAGCGUGCCGAAAAUCUCAACGAGGAAGACUUUGCAGUUGCCUUCGCCAAAGAGAAAGCUGCACGUCCCUGGAAAACCGGCAAGGGAAUUAGCCUGCCUACCACUAGACCUGAAGUAGCAUACAACAGCAACCACGCUUUCCAGAACGACGAUAUGCUUGGUCCGACGGGUCGUCAAGCUUCGGCUCCUGGUACUUCUCAUGGAUUAUUAGCAGCUGCACCCAUCUUUGAACAUCAUCGUGCUCGUACACAGCCCAGCACAGUGGACAGCCGAGACCUCCAUGAUUGGAGCUUGGCGAAUGGCGCCCUGGAGGCAUCUCUUGAGCAGGACAGCCAAUACCAGCCCACCCUGGACAAGGCAACAGCUCGACGAGGGCUGCGAUCGCUGACGACAUCUAGCGUGACGCCUCUCAGACUUGACGAGCUGCAAGAUGUCAAUGCAGCGCUUCUGGCGGAGCUUGAGCAAGUUCGCGGUCAGCUCGCAGAAAAGGAAGUCGUAAACAUCGCGCUCUCUCGCCGCGUGGCAUUCUUGGAGGCCAAGCUAGGCAUCAGGAGCGCCGAGCCGCUUUCGGGCCAGCAAAGCAUGAGCAACGCGUCGACGCCGGUCGCCUUCAAUCCUCGUGCCAACUCACUCCUGCACACAUCAUACGGCGACCCUCGUGCCGAGAUGCUGCCACGCAGCAUCUCUCAAAGCGUAACACCAGACCCCUUCAGCCCAUUCCAGACGUCUCAGCAUUCCGCGCAUCAGCCUGACCAGGGACUGUUCGGUGCGCAUAUGCGCCAGCUUUCAAAGUCUCGCCAGAACGAUGCGGGAGAGGUCGGUCUGGGGGCCCAUGCGUUCCAACAGCAUUCACGCGGCGACUCGAGUCAUUCAGGAGCCUUUCUAGAUACACCAGCUCAGGCAUUCUCCGCGCCUCAACAACUCGCCAUGCUCGAGCCGCAGGCACGUCAGGAUCUUUUGGCGACGCCGCAAACGCCGCAAACGCCAACGAGCCCGUCCGCCUCCUUCUUGUCGGGCGGCCCACCCGCACUGCCAAGCCCAGGACGUUUCACCAAUCUUGGCCAGCUGGAACACUUGCUCACUCCUGCAGCUGCAACGUCAAAGAACGCAUCACCCCUCGGUGCUCUGCCAGACUGGGCAAGAUACGGUGUUGCAGGCGGCAGUGACGCUCCCUCGGCGUUUCUGAGCAGCAGCGAUCCAUCGACUCCGCAUCACCUAGGAUAUCCUACGUCGCCGCUGCACAAUCAAGCUUCCUCACCGACCGGUCCAAGCCGCUUUCCUACACCAGGAUUACCAAGCAGCAUUGCGCAUUUCCCCUCAAUGUCCCCGAUGUCCAAAAUGUCCGGCGGUACAAAUGCACCCCAACGAUCCGAUGCCGGUUCGCAGACCCCUGAGCGUCUGGUCAGCCGAGCGCUGUCGAAUGACCGUCCUCAAGAAGCUAGCAUACAGCUACAGCAACAACUCAAAUCCGCCUCGGCUGAGCGCAAGGCGGCCAUCAUUUCUUGCGUCAAGCCGUUUGCCCUUAAGCUUUCGGAGGACAAGCACGGCAAUUUUUUGGUCCAGCGCGCUAUAUCCGUGGACGCAACUGUAUGCUGGCAAUUGCGGGGCCACUUUGUUCACCUGGCUCUUUCGCAAUUUGGCUGCCAUGUCAUACAGCGCGUGCUGGACGAAGGGGAAGAGAUCAAGCAAGAAGUGGUGGAAGAGCUUCUGAAUGACAGGCUGAUGGAGACGCUCACGUCGCGCAAUUCUAUCCACGUUUGGCAAAAGGUGUUGGAGAUCAAUUGGAGCAGCGCCGAGGUGCGUCAGAGGAUGUUUGACGCGAUCAACAACGUCAUGCGAGGAAAGUGGGCACAAACAGCACGUCAAGAGACGGGCAGCAUCGUCUGUCAAAACAUAUUUGAAAGCGCUGAUAGAGAGGAGAAGCGCGAAUGCAUCUCGGAGAUCCUGGAGCAGCUCUGUUUGUGCGCUACAAAUCAGUGGGGCGUGUGGGUGGUGCAGCAUAUCUUGGAGCAUGGCGAAACACAAGACCGUCGAACUGCCUUCAACAAGCUGCUCGAGGAAGCAGUCCAUCUUACGCUCUCACAGUAUGGUCAAAAAGCCAUCAUGACAGCGCUCAAGUGUCACGAUGCAGACUUCAUCAACGCCUAUCUGGACAUUAUCUGUGAUCGCGAGAGCGCAGGGGAAGGCGGAGCGAGCAGCGCUAGGUACAAUGUCGGCGCUUCCUCCAACUACACUGGCAGUCGGCGCUCGGUUCUCGUCGACAUUGCCUCGGCUCCUCAAGGCACACAGAUCAUGCAUACGCUCCUCACCUCGGUCGGACACGAGCAGAGGGACCGCAUCAUUCGCACGGUGCGCAAGAAUUCCGUCUUUCUCAAGGGCAGCAAAGCUGGUCUGAAAGUGCAUCAGCUCGUCGAGCGCGCUCGCGCCUUUGGUGGCUACUGA